GGACGUCCCCGCUGUCUUCUGAGUCCAUUGCAAACAAGUCGCAGAUAAGGGGGCGAGAAGGACUCCCGUGGGUAGUGCAUACUAAAACCCUUUCAACGUGACACGCUGUCGGGAACACUUUCCAUUGCUCUCGGACCGGAUGAGUUGAAACUCAACUUUUGAACACUUUUGACAUAUCAACGCUUAUGGGACAUGGCGAUGGCCUCUCUAUCAACACCAACAGCAGGCCCAGCUACGCCACCUCACCCAGAGCUCUCAUGCCUGGGGAGCACGGAGGUCCAGAAGCUGAAGCCGGUGCGAAGGAGCCUCUUCGGCCCCGUGGACCACCAGCAGCUGAAGCAGGACUUCCAAAGGCUGCUCAGCAGGAACUUGGAGGUGGCCCAAAAGCGCUGGAACUUUGAUUUCCAGCAUGAAAAGCCAGGAGAGGGCUCCGACAUCGAGUGGGAGGAGCUCAGGUACCAAGAGGCGCCAACGUUUUAUCGCAGCUGCACGGUUGGGCCGCCACGUCCAAUGUCCAAAAUUCGGUCGUUGUCGUCGUCAGCAGGCGAUGGUUCCCCAGGCGAUGGUUCCCCAGGCGACGGUUCCCCAGGCGACGGUUCCCCAGGCGACGGUUCCCCAGGUGACAGCAGCCCGUUUGGAUCUGGGGAUGAGUACCUGGAGGUGACCACUAGGGGGUGCUACCUGGUCCAACGACACGGAAAACGUAAACAGUCUGCCAUCACAGAUUUCUUCAAGGUGAAGAAGAGGAAGCUUCUGCAUUACAAAGCGUCUUCUUGGCAGUAGAGAAGCACAACUCGACCCAGCGGAGGAUCACACCAGUGGUCGACAUCGCUCUACACGUCACUAAUAUUUAUAUAUAAUAUAAUAUGUAAAUAUAUAUAUAUAUAUAUACAAACACACUCAAUUUGGAAGUGACCACAAGCUCAUUUAGCGCAAGCUUUAAAACCUCCUCUGACACCAUAUACCUUAUGUUUUCAGCACAAGGAAGCUACCUAUUUUUUAGUUAAUCUAGCUCAGUCUUUAGGAAAGUUUUUUGUUGAGAAUUAUAAAUAUUAUAUAUGUUCUAUAUAUUGUUUUCCGCAGCUGUUAACUAUACUGUGAAAUAAUUUUUUUAAUGCAAUCUUGAUAACAGAAAACAGGCUCUAGUUUUAAGAGGUUAAUUUUCUUCUAUACAGGCGUUGGAUAGUAUUUGACCUCAGUCCUCAACCUUUUCUCUUUUUUUUUUUCUCUCCCUCUGGCGAAAAGUCGUAAGAGUUUUUGAUUAGAUGAGUUACUAUUCCUGGCCUCGCACCACACUUACCCUUUAGUCUCACCUCCGGGCUCGGCUAGCACAAGUCAAGCCAGGGGUCAAGAUCUCACCCAGGGCUCAAAAUGUCGGCAGCGUGCCUGUGAUUAGCUCCAGGUCAAAGGUCAAUGGUGGUAAUGCGGUGUAAUCUGUCUAACAGUGACCUUAAUCUCCCGAGACUAGUUAUUUAUUAUUCACAAAUCUAGAUCAUCGUCCCAAAUUCUCCCUCAGACUAGAAGUCAUAGGUCAUUUACUCUCCAUUGUUGCCGCUUAAAGAUAUUGGCCAUAUAUAAUCAAAACAUUGACAACAAAAACAUAUAUACAAACUGCAAAUCCUCUUCCCUUAGUGCAUUGCAAUAUUUGCAUACUGGGCUGUAAAAAUCCAUAUAUUUUUAGGCAACAGACCAGAACAUAUCUUAUAUUAGUUGUGUUUUGUUGGCUUUACGCUUGUAAAAAAUUAGUUUUUCUCUCUGUGACGUCCACCUCGUAGGUGCUAAAUAUGCCUUUUUUCCAUGAAGGGACUGUAGUGUUUUAUCACUGUUGCAGCUCAAAGGAAUCCAAACCUCUUGGUUCCACUUUUGGUCUUUUGUUCUUCAUCAAGCUACUUCACCUUUUCUGUCUACAUACCGUUCUAUACGCGUAUGUGUAUAUAAUUGUUUGUGUGUGAAUGUGAUGGUUUGAUGUGUAUCUCAAGGUUUCUUUUACACGGGUCUGCAACAGUUGUGGCGCAAAACUCCGUUGAACCAAAGAGAAAUUGCUGUGCCAUUUAAAUUAGACACACGUCGAGUCGCCCCACUGUCUGAGUCAUCAGUUAUGGGUCCCAGAAGGCCUCAAACAAGUCAGGAUAUUUAAAUAUAUUGUGUCAACAUGCCACAGCUGCCCAACUUACCGCUCUGGUGACUCAAACAUGACGCGCCAACUUCUUUUCCCGACCUACAGUCAUUCUAAUUUGUACAUGGAUAAAAAGCCAUAACUGGAUUAAUCCACUCAUACUACCUCAUCAAGUGAUACAAGUUGCGCACAAGUUACAUGCAAAAUAACAAAACCAGCGGAGAUCGGGUUGUUUGCGUUUACAGGCCAAAGAGAGACAAAGAGGCGUGAGCAAGGAGGGGGUUGGUCGUAUAGUUUAGUUGUGGUAAAAACUGUUAAAGUUCAGCGCUGUGGUGUUGAGUUUUUUCCGGGAAAAGAGCCGGUGUGUCAGAGCGGGUCAGUUUGGAGCUCUGCCCCUCUUAGCCCUCCCAUAAAUAGACCGGGCAGAGGAAGAGGGACACACUUUAAUAAGGGAACAUUGGUCAGAGAAUGUCUCCUUUCUCCAGCCGGACGCGCUUGUUUGUUCAAGUCUCGGUCUCUCUUUCACGAAUCCAAGCACUUCGAUCUCUGCGAAUAAUCAGCAUGAAAGGAGUUGUUAGAAAUCAUGUUAUUCUUUCAUGGCUCAAUGAGGCGAUGUUUCAUGAAUCUCAAAAUGGCAAUUUAGGCUAUCUAAAAAAAGAAUUGUCAACUUAUCUAAAAAUGUUUGCGUUCACCCCAUCUUCUCAGACGAAACUGGCAGUCUAUAUUAAUUUAUUUUGAGGUUGUAUCAUUUGUUCUGUAGGGAAAUACUUUUAAAGUCCCUAUGUUUUUUUUUGUAUAACUACUAACUGUAUUAUUUCAUAAACUCUAUAUUUGCACUACUUUAAAAAAAAAAAAUGUUGACGAGAACUAUAUUUUUUAUGGUAAUCAAAA